AUUGUUUUAUAUAUUUUCUAACUACAAUGCCGUUUAAGUUCUCGCUAUUUUAGAGCUUUAAAUAAAUUACAAAUGUAAAACAUUUUUUUUUUUAAAUAUUAAAUGAAUACAUGAUUUAAUAAUUUUGGUAAUAUCAGGACAAUAUACCACCAAAUUGGUUAAGAGUUCGAAAUAGCGCUCACACAUGUAUCGUUAAUAGCAACAAAUUAUUAUCAGCGAAACAAAUUACACAUUUUAAAGAGAAAUAGAUAAAAAUGAAAAUAAUUUGUGUUUUAUUAUCAAUUGUGUUUGUCAAUAUUUUGGCAAAUAUAACACCCUAUUUGAGGUUGAUCGCACUUACAAAUAAACACAUCGAGCUAGCUUAUGAAUAUUUUGAUGAUAUAAAAGGAAAUGGACUGGAAUAUGUAAUUAAAGCAAUUGUCUGUGAAAAUUUAUAUACGAUGGAUGAAAUGAAUUUUAUGAUCGCUGUGCCCGAUAAAGCAAGUAUUGCUGCCAAUCAGAGACUGGUAGCUGUAUCUCACCAGAUGAAUAUGCAGUAUCAAAUAAUAAUAAAAUUGGGUAUAAUGCCUGAACUUAACGCUGCAAACCUAUAUUUCGGAAACCUAAAUUUGCCCGCUCUUGCCGCAUGGAGAAGACGUUUUACUAGAAAUGCUUUAAGAAAUAUAAUUCGCCGUGAAUUAAUUAGAAACGAAACGGAAAGAGGACCAGAACGCGUCACUUUUAAUCAGAAGUGUCGGUUUUUAGGAUUGUGGAUGAGUAUAAUUGUUCCAACAUUAUAUACAAAAUCAACUCACACCGGUCCCAAUAAUGAUUGUGUCAUAACGGAUAUAGCCAAUCAUAUUACCAUUUACAGAUCCAUUGAGGGCAAAUAUUGGCAAGUAGACGCCAAUGACAUCAAUCAUAGAAUCAUACAACUUGAUGAACAGUUAUAUUAAUUAUUUAGACCUUGUAACAUCGGUCGAUCUUUUAUAAAAUUGGGAGUAGUAUAAUACUAUGGUUUUUUAAUUUAAAUAAUUUUUAAAAAUUGAUCUAAUAUCUAAGUUGUCAAUUUUUUUAUCGUACUUCGUAAUAAAUAGUUUUACUCAUUGUUA